UAGGUCAAUUUCUGUAUUAUGUGGGAUGAAAGCAAAAUCAAUUCCAUAAGAGAAAUUAUCAAAUCAACACUUGUAAACGGAUGAAACAACAAGCCCUUGGUUUUUUUCAUUAUAUGGGGCGAUCAUUGGAAUCAUCUGCUGCUCUCUUUUCACUUAGCAUCUCUUGUAAAUCAAAGUAUCCACUAAACUUGGAAUGGCUUGUUCCCAGAGAAGUCUUCCCACUGAUAGGGAGAAUGAUCAGGCAAUAGCAAUUCUGAAGAAAGGAGCGUAUCUUUUGAAGUACGGCAGGCGUGGGAAGCCUAAAUUCUACCCUUUUCGGCUUUCGAGUGAUGAAAUAUUUUUGUUAUGGUACUGUGGGAAAACAGAGAAACGUCUUAAACUGAGUUCCGUGACAAGGAUCAUACCUGGACAGCGAACUGUAAGUUUUUUUAAAUGCAUUUCUCUGGUAACAUUUCCUUUUGUAAGAAAACAAAUGUUACUGUAACAACUUCUCCAGUCAGUUUUCCGACGAUACCCUCAGCCCACCAAGGAAUAUCAAUCUUUUUCUCUUAUAUAUGGCGACCGUUCUCUCGAUUUGGUAUGCAAAGAUAAGGAUGAAGCUGAGUUCUGGAUCACAACCCUUCGCGCUCUUCUCUCACGAAACUGCUCUUCCGCAUUGGUACUUCACUCAAGAAGCCGCAGCUUUGUUCCUGACUAUGGAGAACAAAGUAGCUCCAACAACAAUUCAUUGUCGAACAUCAGAUCAGUCAGCAGUGAUACAAGCUGCGAGGAACAUGCGAAAAAGGCUUCAGGAAACACUCCGCAGAGACUAGGGAAAGUUUUUUCCGAGGUGUUGUCACAAACUGCAGUACUUAGGGCACUCUCAUUGGACGAACUGGUCCAUAAUAAACCUCAUAAUACAUCUCCCGAGACUUUAGAGAAUCGACCUACUACUAAUCUCAACUCUCCUGCUGUUGAUACAAGUAAAUAUACAGUUUCCAGCGCAUUAAGCUCAUCUAGUCAAGGAUCUACUUUUGAGGACUUAAAGUCUCUCUGUGAUGUCUUUGUCUGGGGAGAAAGUAUAGGAGAUGGGUUACUAGGAGGUGGUGGUAUGCACAAAAGUGAAAGCAGCUCUUCCUUUACGGCUGAUAACUUUCUGCCCAAAGUUCUGAAAUCACACGUGGCACUUGACGCACAGAGCAUUUCCUGUGGCACCAAUUAUGCAGUUCUGGUGACAAAGCAGGGACAAAUGUACAGCUGGGGAGAAGAAUCUGGUGGCAGGUUAGGACAUGGAGUCUGUUCCUACAUUCCACAGCCGAAACUCAUUAAUGAGUUUGAUGGAUCAUCUGUGGAGUUGGCUGACUGUGGGGAAUUUCACACUUGUGCUGUAACAUCCUCAGGUGACUUAUAUACUUGGGGAGAUGGAGCUCACAAUGCUGGUCUCCUUGGGCUUGGUAGUGAAGCUAGCCAUUGGAAACCAGUACGAAUCCUCGGACAGAUGGAGGGUAUAAAUGUCAAAAUCAUCUCUUGCGGACCUUGGCAUACAGCUUUUGUGACAUCAGAAGGUAAGUUGUAUAUAUAUGGUGAUGGUACUUUUGGUGCGCUGGGACAUGGAGAUCGUGUUAGCACGAACUUACCGAGAGAAGUUGAGGCACUAAGCGGGUGCAGAACAAUAAGGAUAUCAUGUGGCGUUUGGCAUUCAGCUGCUGUUGUCAGUGUUUUCGGAGAGGCGACGUCGUCAUCGGGAAAGCUCUUCACGUGGGGUGAUGGAGAGGAUGGAAAACUCGGACAUGGGGACAAAGAGUGUAGACUAAUUCCAUCUUGUGUAGCUGAGCUGGAUGAGACUAGCUUUCAGCAAGUAGCUUGUGGCCAGAGCGUUACUGUUGCUCUCUCUGAGUCUGGGCAAGUUUAUGCCAUGGGAAUCAUUGAUCCGAGUCAGGAAAAUGUCGUGAAAGCUCCUUCUUGCAUUGAAGGUGGUCUUGGAAAGAGUUCUGUCCAAGAAGUGGCGUGCGGGUUUCAUCACAUCGCGGUUUUGAACUCGAAAGCUGAGGUUUACACUUGGGGUAGAGGAUCAAACGGACAGCUCGGGCAUGGAGAUAAUGAGUAUAGACGGAUCCCAACUCUUGUGAGAGCAUUGAAAGGUAAACAAGUGAGGAAAGUUGUGUGUGGUUCUAACUACACAGCUACCAUUUGUCUUCACAAACCGAUUACGGGUACGGAUAGUUCCAAGUGUUCUGGUUGUCGCCAUCCUUUUAACUACAUGAGGAAGCUACACAACUGUUACAACUGUGGGAGUGUCUUCUGUAACGCGUGCACUAGUAAGAAGUCAUUAGCAGCAGCCAUGGCUCCCAAGACGAACAGGCCUUACCGUGUUUGCGAUGACUGCUACAUCAAACUCGAAGGAGUUAGAGAAUAUUUAGGAACUCCAGCCAACGGUGCCAGAUUCUCAAACGCAAGUCUGCCGUCUAGCGUCAAUGAGAUGGACGACAUUGGUACAACACCGCAGCGCCAGCUUCUUAGAGUCGACUCGUUUGAUUUCUUCAGACAAUCCAAGAUCCCUGAUCUUAAAACCAUUGGUGAAACUUCAGGUUCGAGUAGUUUUAACCUGAAAGGGAUACGUCAACUCUCGAGGCUCGCCUCCUUUGAUUCUGUUAAUCAAGAAGGUAAACAACGCAGUACCAAGCAUUGCGCUUCGAAAUCAGACACGUCCUCUCUUGUUAGACACUCGGUGACUUGUGGUCUACCGUUUUCACGUAGAGGUUCUGUUGAGGUGUUUCCUUUGUCGAUAAAAUCGAGCCCGGUUGAAUCAGUUGGGAAUACUUCGGACUUCACCACUGACAUUACAGAUACAGAGUUGCUGCAAGAAGGGACCAAGAAAUCGAAUCAGUGCCUCCACCAGGAGAUAUCAGUACUCAAAGCACAGGUGGAAGAGCUUACUCGGAAAACAAAACAGCUAGAAGUAGAACUUGCAACGACCUCGAAGAAGCUUGAAGUUGCAGUGUUAAUGCAGAGUGAUGAUGCAGUGAAGAUAAAAACUUCAGAAGAGAUAGCCACGUCCCUUACUCUACAGUUGAUGGACGCGACCAAGAAAGAAGUAGACAAGACAAGGAGGCGCCGAAGCUCGUUUUGAUAUUGACCUUUAACUAGAGAAGAAGAAAGCAAAGAAACUGGGGAUGGAACCUGAAUUAGAUUGAAUGUAGCAUACGACAAGUUCGAUAAAGCUCUUAUCAUAUUAAAAAUACCAAAAAUAAAUUAAAGUAUAGUAAUAUUUACUUACAGACAACAACAUAGAGUACACUUUUGUCCGAAACUGGCAAACACAGAGGAAAAAACAAGUUGGAACCUUUUGUUUGAGUUAUAGUGAAUAGAUCAGCAG